AUGGCGCUCGUGAGACGAGAGCCUACCGAUGAGCCGCACGUAUACUCGCUAGGUAGUGGAGAGGUUAGUCCGCUGACAGCGUGUAACUACGAGUACCCUGCUGACCAGCAGGCCGACUUGUUGAUCGCGAGAGCAGAGGCAGAGUGUGCUAAGGAGAACUCCUACAACGUUUGCAGGGACGUUUUCCUGCGCGUACUGGCAUUUGUUUACUUUGUUUCCUUUUUGGGACACUUUAAUCAAGAUGUGGGACUGAUUGGACAAGAUGGUGUGUGGCCAGCCAUUGUGCAUCUGACCGACUUGGCGAGCAGUAAACAGGGGGUUGUUUUGCCGGAUGUUUCGGCAUUCCUGCCAAUAUGCGACACCUGUAUCCGUGUGAUUGCCAUUGCGGGCAUGGCGGUCAGCCUGCUGGUGGGAGUUACUGGAAUGGCCAGUCUGGCGCUGUGCCUCAUGCUCUGGGUUUUGAAGUUCGCUUUAAUCGCUCUUAGGUCUACGCUGCCGACGCAUAAUGCUGACUUGCUCCUGUUGGAAGCGGGUUUCAUCGCCAUAUUCCUACUUUCGCCGUUCUCACUGUUUGAGAAGCCAGACAAAGAUUGGGAUGUCCCCAUGGCAUGCAGGUGGGCAUACCGCUUGUUGGUGUACCGCAUCAUGUUCUGCUCCGGUGUCUCCAAGAUCCGUGGGAGUCCACAUUGGGCCGAUGGAACGGCCUUCAAGUACAUGCUCCUGGACGUGCCUUUGCCUAACCCGCUGACACACCUCUUCUUCAAUAUGUUGGAUGCACGGCCGCUGGUAAAUGCCUUUGCCACCAACACGCUGUUGUUCGUCGAAUGCGUCGCCUCGAUAUUUUUGCUAGUGAGCCCCCGUGCCUGUAGGCUAGUUGGUGGUUGCAUCGCGCUGAAUUAUGCACUUUUUAUGAAUUGCUUAGGGAACUUCGGAAGCUUCUACCUGCUGCUGGGUGCCUGUGCAUUAUUCUGCUUCGAUGACGCAGCACUUGAAUUCCUAUGGGAUAACCGUCUAUACAGCUUAUUUAAGCUGUAUGGAGAUGAUGUAGAAGAUGAAACUGUCCCUGUUUCAGCUGUAGUGCAGGCGUCUGAUGAUGUUGAAGCUGAUGGCAAUGACCAAGAUGCGAACGAGACUUUCGGGUCCAAGUUAGUCAACGCUGUGACGUACAGGGCAAAGAAAAGGUACAUAAGAGAUGCACUUUUCUCCCACGAUUCAUUUGGUAUGAGUUGGACGGAGGAGCAGCACAUAUACAUGCAACGUGGAAUACAGCUCGUACUCGUCUUCCUUACAGCGAUCGUAGCAGCGAAUAUCGUAAUAGGUAGGUCCCACAUGGGCUUGAAGGCGCUCCUCAUAUUCUGCCUUGCCCUUAUUCUCCACGUCCAGUGCGAUGCUAUCGGAACGCACGAAAUUUACAUCACCGCCGCUGGAACGCUAUUCGCGUUGCAUAUGUGGUUGGUGAUGGAAUUCAUGACCACCGGAUUCAGCGUGUGGAGCGUCUGGCUGUGGAUAGGAGUUACUGAACUGCAAAUGGGACUGUGUCAUACCAAGCGCAGGCUCUACUCCAUGUGCAGCUACAUACUGCAAUCUGUUGUUGCCCUGGUCGUAUGCUGCUAUGCGAUGCCGCUGCUCAUCCGCUCGGCCAAAUAUAAUAGCGCGGUUGCCGGAAUAAAGGCUCCGCUUGGCAUAGUUAACAGCUAUGACGGUUUUGGGGUACUCCCCGACCAGAGGUAUGAGUUGGUGAUACAGGGCACAGACGAUCCCGUUGUGACGGCCGCCACGAAGUGGAAGCAAUACGAGUUGCCUUGUGCGCCAGUAGACACUACACGAAUGCCUCCAAUGGUGCCUGGAUACACUUUUGAGCUUGACAAUUUAAUCCACGAUGUCGCAAGCCAACGCGCACGUUCAGAACCCACGGCUGUGCCGAGGUUCAUGUUGGAGCUAUUACGUGCGCUGCUUCACAACAAGUCAGCAACUACGGCGCUGUUCCGCAACAACCCCUUCCAAAGGGGCGCACCCAAAUUUGUCAGGGUAAUGCAGUACGCAUACGGCUUUGCAGGGUCAAAGGAGGAGGGAUGGUAUGUGCGCUUCCCGCAUACGCAACUCGUGCCCCCGCUCACAUUGGAGCAUAAUAUUUCACAUGUGGACCACGCUGCGGAUAAAGAUGCGGCUAAGGCGCGCAAGAACCCUACCCAUGUAUGGCAACACCUCUCUGCGUUACGGCGCCCGGCUACUGUGUUGCACGUUGUGCAUGACAUGCCUCCCGCGAGAAACAUUCGCGGUGUCCCUCUCGAGAUGGCGGACACGUUCACGCAAAACGCACCGCCUACGGACUCGCUCAUGCUCACCAGAGUGUGA